AGCACAUCCCGGUGCAUUUUCGCAGGCGCAGCAGCCUUCCUCUGCGGCAGCCGCGCCUCGCCAUCCGGCGCAGUGCAGCAGGCUUGCCCGAGUGGCCGCUUGCUGCCUCAGUUGCCGUUGCCGCUGCCGCGGGCCGCCCUGUGCGGACCGUGGGCUGCGCCGACGCCACCUCCGAUCCUGUACGGCUGUGGGCGCCUCGGCGCGCCCCGUGCUCCGCAAUCCUGCGGCGGGCUGCAUGGGAUAAUGCGGCCAUGGUGCGCCGGGAUCGCUUGCGCAGGAUGAGGGAGUGGUGGGUACAAGUGGGGCUACUGGCUGUGCCCUUGCUGGCUGCGUACCUGCACAUCCCACCCCCUCAGCUCUCCCCUGCUUUGCACUCAUGGAAGACUUCUGGCAAAUUUUUCACCUACAAGGGACUGCGCAUCUUCUACCAAGACUCUGUCGGUGUGGUUGGAAGCCCUGAGAUAGUUGUACUUCUACAUGGCUUUCCAACAUCCAGCUAUGAUUGGUACAAGAUCUGGGAAGGUUUGACCCUGAGGUUCCAUCGCGUGAUCGCCCUUGAUUUCUUAGGCUUUGGCUUCAGUGACAAACCGAGACCACAUCAGUAUUCCAUAUUUGAGCAGGCCAGCAUCGUAGAGUCCCUUCUGCGGCACCUGGGACUCCAGAACCGCAGAAUCAACUUGCUGUCUCAUGACUAUGGGGAUAUUGUUGCCCAAGAGCUGCUGUACAGGUACAAGCAGAAUCGAUCUGGCCGGCUGACCAUAAAGAGUCUCUGUCUGUCAAAUGGAGGUAUCUUUCCUGAGACCCACCGUCCUCUCCUUCUCCAAAAGCUCCUCAAAGAUGGAGGUGUCCUUUCACCCAUCCUGACGAGGCUCAUGAACUUCUUUGUGUUCUCCCGAGGUCUCACUCCUGUCUUUGGACCGUACACUCGACCCUCUGAGAGUGAGCUGUGGGACAUGUGGGCUGGGAUCCGCAACAAUGAUGGGAACUUGGUCAUCGACAGUCUUUUACAGUAUAUCAAUCAAAGGAAGAAAUUUAGAAGACGCUGGGUGGGAGCGCUUGCGUCUGUGACCAUCCCCAUUCAUUUUAUCUAUGGGCCACUGGACCCUAUAAAUCCCUACCCAGAGUUCCUGGAGCUGUACAGGAAAACGCUGCCGCGGUCCACAGUGUCGAUUCUGGAUGACCACAUUAGCCACUAUCCACAGCUAGAGGAUCCCAUGGGCUUCUUGAAUGCAUAUAUGGGCUUCAUCAACUCCUUCUGAGCUGGAAAGAGUAGCUUCCCUGUAUUAUUUACCCCAUUCUCGUAUCUGUGUGUAUUCCACUUAGAAAUGCCCAAAAGAGGUCCUGGCAAUCAAAUAGUAUUCUUUCAUAAAAGUCCAUUUUAUUCACAUUGGUGAACAAACAACAGAAAACAGGCAGCAGAAACUCUUAAGGAUGACAUAUUAGUCCCCCUCUCAUUCUCUAAGGGUGACACGAUAAUCCUCAUUCUGUGGCAGCUGAGUGAGUAUAACACACCUGCUGUUUUGUGUUAUUAGGACAUUCUGACUAAUAACACUUCAUUUAUGCAGAAAAACAGCAUUA